UAUCUCUUCUAUAUAGGUGGUUGAAUUGAAGGGUUGUGGCAUUAAAUACAUAGGAGAUCGAUGGCUCUAUCUGGAAAGUUAAUUGGUUAUGUAGAGAUCAGUAAGAAGGGAGAUGUAUUCCACGAUCUCUUCAGGCACAUCCCCCAUGAGAUAGUUGCGAUAGCCCCUAAUAAGGUUCAUGACUGUGAACUGCAUGAUGGUGAAAGGGGAGCCGUUGGAUCUAUCAUCUCUUGGCACUACACUCAUGAGGGAAAAAGAAAAAUUUGUAAACAGAUAAUUGAAGCAGUGAAUGAGGAAAACCACAUGGCUGUGUUUAAGGUAAUCGGAGGAGAUUUAGUGGAGGAGCUUUACAAGAGCUUUACAAUCAUAUUGCAUGUUGAACAAAAGGGUGAUGGACAGGUGGCUACUUGGACCUUUGAGUUUGAGAAGCCUAAUGUGAGUGUACCAUAUCCAACUUCUAUGAUGGACUACCUUUGUGAUCUGGUCAAGGAUUUGGAUGCCCAUGGCAGCACUAAUUAAGUAGUUCUGCAACUUCUACUUCUACUUCGACAUUAAUUAAUAAAAGAAGGAAAUUAAUGGAGGGAGGUUUUCUUUUUAGUCUCUGAAUGCAUGUACGUGUGUUUCUUAAUUUGAAUUUGAAUGAAAGAAUAAAUUAUAUACGUAUGUUUAAGUAGAUGGUGAAUAAGGAGAGAAACAUGCCCGACGGUGGAGUAUUAUAUACAAGAAUCUCUUUGAAGUAAUGUGAUAUUGUGAUGUAUUUAUGUAUCAGUAUUCCGUUUCCCAAUCAUUUGUGUUGUGAGAAACUGUCUUUGGAUUUCCAGUUAA